UCCCUCACAGCCAAAUGUAAGGACCUGCCUCAUUCAAGUCCUGCCGCACAGGUUGUGAGGGGGGGAGGAGAGAGUGAGAGAGGGACAGCAGGAGAGGUAAAGGAGAAUAUUAGCAAGGUGUCGAAUGAGAACAGAGAGAGUCUGUUCUCUUUGAUGUUUUUCUAAGAGAGGAAGAAGGAGUCAGGGUGUGAAGGAGUGAGGCAGGAGAGAGAAGGAAAGUCAUAAGGUGUGGGACUACCCAGCAGUGGGAGGUUCCUCCAGGGAGGUUAUAGUGAUCUUCAGGCAGCGAUCCUUCUCUCCACUGGGAGUCAGACCCCCAGGAUCGAGAGUGAUGGAGCCCUCCGUGUCGACCGAGGUCGAGGGGGAGCCCAAGGAGAGGAAGAAGAUCCAGUUUGCUGUGCCGGCCUCUGUCCCCACCAACCUGGACCCUCGGCAAGUGGAGAUGAUCCGACGCAGAAGGCCCACACCUGCCACGCUGUUCAGAGUAGCCGACCAAUCAUCUCCCGAGGAUGAUCAGUCCACCCAUCAGGUAAAGUGGGUUGUAGGAGAGAACGGAGUGCUCAAACCAAAACGUGUAAAUCCAAAUGUGUAUCAGCCUCCAUCACUCAGAGCUGUGCAGAAGAUGGCUGAAGCACAUAUGCAGAACCUAGGUGCCUACCCUCCUUUGGAAGACCCUUGUGAAGGGGAGGAGGAUGAGGACCACUGGCAGGGAGAGGAGGGAGAGGACACAUCUCCCGCCAAAGCUGCUGAUCACCACGAGACAGCGACCACUGAGCAGCCAGACAAGUUCUCCAGCGUGAGGGAGACGGCCAGGCAGAUCCAAGCGGCACAAGAGGAAGAGGAGGAGGACGAGAAGGAAGAAGACGGGGAGGGGGACAAAACCCAGGCAACAACAGAGGAGAACAGUCGAGGGAGUAUCUGAGAGGGAGAGAGAGGGAGAGAGAGAGGGAGAGAGAGGGAGAGAGGGAGAGAGAGAGCGGGGCAAACGUUUGGAGGGAAGGUUUGGGGAGAGUGAAGGUGUUGUUUGUCAAAUGGUUAAAACCUGAGGAACUCAGACAAAAUGAAGAGAUGGGUGUUUUUGUGGGUGUUUGAAUAUGAGGAGCCUGGAUGCACAGGUGGGGAUGAGAGACGGGUCGACCGAAUGGUAGAUACUUCCAUGAAAUCCAAUGGCGUGAGAGAGCAAAGGUUGCUGUGCCACUUCACCUCUAAAGGGUCAGACGGAUUAAAGAGAGGACGGAGGGGGAGUCUGUGUAGCGAAGGGGGGGGGGGGUCAGCCCAUAUGAGCAGGUGAGGAAUGAGCUACUGACAGAGCAGACUGCAGACGCCACCUUGGCCCCGAUGUCCCUUUGUUUAUAAUGAGAGUAGAGGGGUCCAAGGUCAACGUGACCAAAUACCCCGUAAGACCAGUCCUCUCUCAUCCUAAAUGCUUCUGCACAGAGCCCGGUGUUCCUUUAAAGGGCGAAGCAAUUACCACAAUAAACACACAUAUAGACUCUCUUGGGCACAGCUGUAACAAAGACUGUCUGGUGUGUGACCCUUUUCAGAGGUCUUCGAGACCCACCUGAGGGUCUUGAAAGGUGCGUGCCACUUUAUUUUGAAACGACCGCCUGCGUCGUCGCUCCGGUUUGCGGCGCUUUCACCGGUCGGCCCUUCGGUUAAAACGAGCACACGCUGCCACCUGGUGGUAGAAAGUAGGAAGGACAGAUUUAAAGUGCAUCUCCAGCCAAGAACUGCCUUGACAAAGAAUAACCCCCAACGUUUUCAUUCAAAUCAAACCCUGCUUUUGAUGCUAUCUGGGGUCUGCGGUCACUCAGCAUAUUCAAAAUUCAGUACUUAACUCUUUGUAGAACAUUUUCCAAUUGUUUGUUUUAUUGAUCAAAAGAAACAGCAGCUGUUGGUCAACUUUAAUUAACGUCGACUCCAGCUGUUUCCAAUAAUGACCUUUUUUUUUUUCAAAGCCUAAAUUUAAAAAAAAAGCAUAAAAACGCCCAUAGAAACUCCUCAAGCCGUUUCUGUCUCGUAAUCUACUUCUGCUCUGCUCGUCCAUAAUAAAAAGCUAAGAGGCCAGAACCAACUGGGGUGGAGCAUCACUUUCCGUAGGAUCUAAUGAUGAGCGCCACAAAUGUUUGUCUAUUGUCGUGGUGAAUUUAUGAGCAAGUGGGAUGUUUCAUACCAUGCUUUUCAUUUUUGAGCACACGUAAA